AUGAAGUUCCAGGUCAUCUCCGCCAUCUCCCUGCUAUUGUCUUCUGCCAUUGCAGCUCCACCACCUGCACUCAGGACCUUUGACGUGAUGGCACUUCAUUCAGCUAGUCCCAUCCAUUUCGCGCAGAUGAGUGCAGCCAAGAGCGGCUUAUACCUGAACUUUCCUCUGCAGAAUGCCACGUGCAAAGGCGAGUCGAGCGGCCACGCGACUUUUUACAUUGCAAACGAGGAGCUGGUGUUGUAUUCCUGCGAACAGGAGAAACAAAAAGUCUUUGUCGAUCGUUCUGGCAUGGGGCAGGGCGUAGUAGGCUUCCUUACCGGGAGCCAGUCUCUUCCCCGAUAUGGAGAAACGAAAGGGUGGAGGGUUGAUGGGGAUAAGAAUUUGUUCUUCAAGGAUGCCGGCUUGAUUGCUUGUCCGGUCAGCCUUGACGGCUCGUGGAGGAUUUGGCUGGGGUUGGGAUUCCAAACGCCUGGUGGCAACAAGGGCUGCUUGGGAAUGACGGCAAGGACGCUGGAUAAUAAAAACCCGGUAAGCUGUUGGUAUAGACAAAACUAG